UGUUGAUGGAAAUUAUAGGGAAGCCGGGCUGAGGUGCCGGGGAAGCAAUGCUGCGGGCGGGAUUCGGGCUGCUUGUGCUCGGUCUUUGCUGCACCUGGUGUCCGGGGCAGGGGAGUGAGGACGCCGAGCAUGUAACGUGCGGCUCCGUGCUGAAGCUGCUGAAUACGCGGCAUAACGUGCGACUCCACUCCCACGAUGUGAAGUACGGCUCAGGGAGCGGACAGCAGUCUGUCACUGGUGUGGAGUCUUCUGAUGAUGCAAACAGCUACUGGAGGAUAAGGGGCAAAAAAGAUGGAGAGUGCCCCCGUGGGGAACCUGUAAAGUGUGGCCAAACUAUUCGCCUUACCCACGUGAACACAGGGAAGAACCUCCAUUCACAUUACUUCUCUUCCCCGCUAUCCAACAACCAGGAAGUAAGUGCAUUUGGCGAUAAUGGAGAAGGAGAUGACCUGGACACAUGGACUGUGCAGUGCAGUGACACGUUAUGGGAGCGUGAAGACACUGUGCGUUUCAAGCAUGUUGGGACCAGUGCUUACCUGACUGUUACUGGGGAGCAGUACAGCCACCCCAUCAGAGGGCAAAGAGAAGUGCAUUGCAUGACAAGUGCCAAUGCCCAUAACUACUGGAAAGCAAUGGAAGGAGUGUUCCUCAAACCAAGCCUUCCUCCUGGUGCAGGCAGACAUGACGAACUGUGAGAGAAUGUGGAAUGAGGUCAUACAAGAAUUGUGUUCAACAGAGGAACUUAAGAAUAAGUGGAACCUGUUUAACAGGUUAAGAAUAAAAAAAAGCAAGAGCUUUGGGUUUUAUAAUUCAAUGGGAACAGUCUUCUCUUCAUUAUCAUAUCGAUCGGAUCCGUCUGGCCACAUUAAACCACUUUCUGUACUUGGUCUUUGUAUAAAAUCAGAAUACUUGCUAGAAGUUCUCUAUGGUGUCAGCAUAAGAAAAGUUUUUGACUUGCGGGCAUUGACGCCAUUGAUUGCACUUGACAUCUGCAGGUGCCUAAAGGACACCCUAUGGAUACAAGUAUGAAGGCUUAUCAAUAGUGUUGAGCGAACUUUGUGUUUCAAAUUCGGCGUACAAGGUUCGUGUUAUCUAAGAAUGCCAUUAUGGAUUCCGCUACCACGAACCAUAAGUUAUAGUCCGUGGUAGCGGAAUCCAUAAAAUAAUUCUUAGAGAACCCGAACCUUGGACGCCGAACUUGAAACAUAAGUUCGCUCAUCCCUACUUAUCAAGCAGGUGCAGGGGGCUCACUUCUUUGGCGUUGAUGAUCUAUAGUCUGUUGUGGCAAUCUUUAGCUGUCUAGAACAGGAAAUAUUUGUGUAUCGCCUUCAUCUUCCUCUGGUUUAUACUGCUGUACGUAAUAGGAAAUGAGCAACUGUGCCAUGAACCACACAUGUCCCAGUACACAGACACACCAUUUCUGCUUCUGAUGAUUGGCUUGGGCUUGACUGUCACUUAGAUGGCAAUAAAAACGGUUAGAUGAAAUCA